AUGGAAUCGAUUGGCGAUGAGGAUAGCUUUGGGGCAUUGGUCGCCGUGGCUUCGGAAACGACAGAGGCUGAAAAAGAAUUCGAAAAGGUGUUGGAAGAGUUGCGGGAGGCAGAGGGUCUGAAACUCUACGCCGACGUGUAUACAAAACUUUAUGACUCCUAUUUCAAGCUAAAGGAAGAAAAUGAUGUUCAAAACGAACAAAUCAAUACCCUUAAGACGAAACUGGGGCGGUUUGACGACACAGUUACCGAAUAUACCACUGAACUCUCCGAAUCACAGAAAACUAUCCAGCGGUUGAGGGCUGAAAUCGACGAAGCAAGGGCCCUAGCAGAUGCAAUGCACGCCCGCGAACUGGCAAGCGUGGAGAGCCUGGAGACCAUGAAAAAGACUGUCAACAGGCUGGAGAAAGAACUAGACGCGCGAAGACGGGCGGGCGAGGACGACGCAGGAGCGACAUCGGCUGUAAAAGAGAAAGAGAAGUACGAAAAAGAAAAGGCGCGACUACAAGGCGAACUGGACAGUGUGACACUGCGACUAAAAAACGCCCUGAGCUACAUAGAAGAGUUGGAACAAAGUAACACCGCGGCUGAGGAGACCAUAGCUAAGUUGCAAGAACAGCUUGAGUUAAGCAAAGCUGAAAGGUCCAUAGAGCGACGCGACAAACAGCUCAAGGAUAUGAGCCACAAACUUGAUAUAGCACAUCAAGAGCAAGAAGCUGCUUCUGCGAAGGCUGCCUCGUUGAAGGAACAGCUAGAUGCGGCCAAUUCACAGUUAGAAGCAACCAAACAGAAGUUGCAGAACACGUCUAAGGAGUUAAAGAAUAUGAAAGACGAUAGUGUCAGACUGCGCAACGAGAUAACGAAGCUGAGUAAGCAGUCUACCCAGCAGAUGAAGAAGUAUCAGCUUCUAGAACAGAAUAAAGCCAAUAUUGAAGCAGAAAGAGAGCGCCUCCGCCAACAAGUAAGUGUGAUGGAAAGGGAGAUCAUGCUCACCAACAAACACGCGGAAGCUGAUAAAAGGGAGAUUGAGAAUCUCAACAGGGAGAAAGACAUUUUGAACAAGAAUGUUCAGAAGAUACAGAAUGAAGCGCUGGAGAACCUGCAAAUGUUGGCCCUGCAGGAGCAGAGACGCAAGCAGCUGGAGCACGAGCUGCAGGUUCACGCCGCGCAGACGAACAAGCAACGUCUCACUAUCCGACAACUAGAAAAGGACAAGGACAGAAUGUUAGAAGAAACGAUUGCUCUCAACGAUAAAAUUGAUGAAAUCACAGAGGAGGUCCGUCUCCGCACCGCCGACAUCUUGGAUUUGAAAAAGGUGAUUCGAGACGAAGGCAUCAAUUCGCGCAAGCUAUCCGUGUCACUCGACGCGACUCGAACUGAGAGGAACAUGUUACAUAAGAAUUACACGGAGGCAUUGGAUGAAAUACAGGAUCUGAAACAAAAGCAGAAGAUGCUAGCGUAUCAGAUAGAGCAAUUAAAAGAAGACAUCACUGGCAAGGAAACGGGUCUAAAAACGUGCGAAAGCACGCUUGCAAAGUGCAACAAAAAGAACGAGCAGCUUCGAGCCGAAGUGCAAGCUGUCACAACAAAGUUGUCUGAAGCGAAAGCCGACAUUACCGCGCUCAGACAGGAGGAGGCGCGUCUCAACAGAAUUAUUCAGGAAAGUGAUGCGGCCCGCGGGAAGCAGAUGAAAGAGUUAGAGGGUCUGAUGAACGAACGCGAUGUAAUCGGCGCUCAGCUGGUGAGGAGGAAUGACGAGAUAUCGCUGCUUUAUGAGAAGAUACGAAUACUAGAGGUCACACUCCAUAGAGAUAUCAGUCCAAAUACUUCGCUAAAUGAUAAUAAAACCUCUGACUAUUUACCCAUACAAGAUGAUUAUGGUGAGCAUGUGACCGCAAAUAAAAAAGGUAUGAACCGGAAAAAUCUCAAGAAGCAAGUAUGCAGAAAGCUUUUGUUUGAAAUGAUUGAACCGUUGAAUGAUGCACCGGAUGAAAUGCUGAUAAGUGCAUCGACAAGCCCAGUUGCAAGUACAUCAAAGGCACUUACCGUUUUUGAAGAAAUUGAAAAGGUUUACAGUGAAGGUCCAGUAAAUAUAGAUUAUGCACACGUGGAAAUCCCAGAUGAAUGGUCGGGAUCAGAGACGUCAGAAAACGAUGAUGUAGGUGAUAUUAGGACAAAGAAGAAGAAAAACCCAAAAUCUAAGCAGAAGAAAAAGGUAGUUUUUAUUAUACAAGAAGAACCAAUUGUAGGUGAAGAAGGUUUUAGAAAGGAGAAGAAAAAUUCAAAGAAAGAACGACAACAAAAACGAUUCAAGGGCGAGGAAUAUGUACGAAAGGAUGGUAAAACUGUAAAUGCUAAAUGUCUUCAACCCAAUCCAUGUAGUGGAAAAAAAUGUGGCAACAAUUGCGAAAAUAUUUCGGAUGAGAGAAGACAGCAGGUGUUCGAUCAUUUUUGGAAACUGACAGUAGACCGCCGACGAGACUGGUUGGUUAAUUUAACACAAAAACUAGCUGUAAAACGUAAACGUACCAACUCAGACACCCGUGUUAAUACUUUUAAAUACCACAUAAAUGAAGGAGAAGGAAGGCGGGUAGUAUGCUUGCAAUUCUUGGCUGCUACAUUAGACAUUUCAGCAAAAUCUAUCUACCAUACGGUCAAGAACUCUGAAUGGGGCUGUGCUAAGGAAGAUUUACGCGGAAAAUGUAUACCACCGAAUAAAACAAAACCAGAUACCACUGAGAACGUUGUGAAAUUUAUUAAAAGUUUACCGGCAGUACCGUCUCAUUAUUGUCGCCAUGAUUCCUCCCGAGUCUACCUUCCGCAAGAAUUUAAAAAUAUUCCAAAUGUCUACAGCAUUUAUAAAAAACGUUUGGAGGGCGACGGUGUUGAUUUUGUUAGUGAAAAAGUAUUUCGUAGAAUUUUUACAGAGGAAUUCAACAUAGGUUUUCACGUGCCUAAAAAAGACAAGUGUUUGAAAUGUUUAAAAUUUGAGCGGUCAGAUACUACAGAUCCAGUUAAUGCGGAAAAAAAAGUUGCUCAUGAAAAUGAGAAAAAUGAGAGCUACAACCGUUUUUUUGCUCACAAAAACAUCCAUAAAAUUGAUCCUAAUACUCUAUGCGUAAGUUUCGAUCUAGAAAAGGUUCUAAAUACUCCACACGGCGAGUCCAUGCUGUUGUAUUACUCGCGUAAAUUAGCGGUCUAUAAUUUGUGCUUCUAUGAGAAUGGUACUCGCAGAGUAUUCUGCUUUUAUUGGAAUGAAAGUGAUGGCAAAAGGGGUGCUAACGAGAUAGCCAGUAUUUUAAAUAGGUAUAUAAAGUUGGUAGAUGAAAGAGGUAACAUAAAAAACUUGCUCCUUUAUUGCGACUGCUGCCCAGGGCAAAAUCGGAACCGGGUUGUCUUGGCGAUGAUACACUCGACUUUGCAAGAAUGCAAAAAUCUUGAAACGGUACAAAUAAACUAUUUACUAACCGGUCACACUUACAUGCCUGUCGAUAGUGUACAUGCUGUUAUAGAUACUAAUUUAAAGAAGACAAUCAUUUAUGCACCAUCGCAAUGGUACACCGUAUUUAGCACGGCAAGGAAAGAUCCAUUUCCAUACGAGGUAGAAAAUCUUCAUUUUGAAGAUUUUUAUAAAUGGGACUCAAUAUCUGAAAAAUAUUUUAAGGGCAAUUUGACGGGAAAAAUUAGUAAAAUAAGGAUUGCAACGUUUAAAAAAAAUAAGCCUGAAUCUGUUUCAGUAAAGUAUACUAUGGCACAAUCUGGAAAUGCAAGUGUAAUUGAAAUCCAGUCAAAAACCAGAGUGCCUCUUAUGUCAUGCUAUCGAUCAUGUCUACCUAUAUCAAAGCUGAAAUAUGAUGACUUAGCUAAACUUUGCAAGGACAAAGUUAUACCUGGUCAUUUUCAACAUGAGUACUUAAACAUUCCACAUUCACAAACAGAAAAGGACAGAUUACCUGAAUCAGAUAUUGAGGAUCUUGAGGUUUAA